AUGAAUUCGUCGGGGAUGAGCGUCGUGGCCGACCAAAAGAGGAGCGAGGUGAAUCCCCUCGACGAUGCGAAAACGAAAGGCCUUCCGCGCCAACUUUGUCUCGCUGUCGGUAUCCCUAUCGUCGUUUACAAGAGCCCGCAGCACGUCCUCUUGGGAGUCUGCAACAACAGUGAUGGUAUCGUUCGGGCCAUUGAGCUAUACCAGCGCGAGCAGGUCCAAAACCAUAAUGACGGCUACAGGGUGGUUCACCUCAAGUACCCCCCUGUUCGGGUAUUCGUCCACAUCGAAUCUGCGGACGACGCUGGCCUCAAACUGCCAGGUCUCCCGCGUGGGGUCGUCGCCUUCGGCCCGGUCGAACGAAACUUUGUCCUCACCGGAAACAACGGCCGAAAGUUCACCAUCAAACGGCGACAACUUCCGCUUACGUCCGGUUGCCUGUCCUCCGUGUAUUGAGUGCAGGGGCUCAUUCUCACAGGCUGAUUCUUAUCGAUCCGUUUUUUUUUUCACCGAUUCGUAAUUUUUAACACGGAACCGGUUCCGGGUUUUCCAUUGGUUCUAAUUGGGAGAGGCGCGCCGUUUUUUAAAAAUCCCGGAAAGCGUCGAUGCCGACGUACACACACCGGUCACGACCAGGCGAGAGGCCCGAGGCAUACCACAGCAGACGCGAUAAACCCACACCAUGAACAACAACGCCGUAGCAGCGGCAGGCCGCCCAUCUAGAGUGAAAUCGUUGCCUCUGAGACUGCAGGAUGCAGGUGAAAGUGGUGCUGCUGCUGGGCAUGGCGUCGCCCAGACCGCGCCUGCUGGCGCGGCACAGCGGGCACCGAGCGGCAUGGCCCGCCAGGCCGUUCACAGCAGGGUUACCCCCCAUACCGGUACACAACAGGGGGUUCCACCUGGCGCGGUGAUCGUGCCGGGCUUCUCGACGACGCUGAUCGGCAAGCUCGUCAGGCGGCCUUAGUAAAGGUUCUCAAAGACAAGCGAUUUGGCGAUGCCCCACAAAAAAAUUGGACCGAGUCGGAGAGCGGCGACGACGACGACGAGGGGGGGGGACAACCCGUCGUCAAGUGGCAGCAGCAAUGUGUCGGUAGAGGACAGUUCAGCUCCGUCGGACAUUGGCUCACAGUCGGGAGAUGUCGUGUUCGGAAAGGGAAUUCGGGAAGCAAUGACCGGGGGAGGGGGAGCGGGCACGAGGACCACAAACCACGGCAAGCGAAAGGCGAGCGCCGGCGGCAGCGUCGUAGGGAAAAACAAAGCAGCAGCAUCCCAUCACGCGAGUGCCAAAAAAGCCCGGGGCAAGGAAUUGAACGCAGUGUGCGCAGAGGAAACAAAACAAAUUACUGCUGUGUGUGUGUAGUGCCCGCUUCAAAUCAACCUAAGUAUAUGUACAGUAGCAGGUAGGAUAUUGAAGGCACUCACAGCGUACCACACGGCAUGCUUUCUUGACGAUAUGCAAUCGGUGGUGCACCGACCAAUACGGUAAAUCUUUGGGUGUUCUGCCCUCUCACGCCCAGAGGAAGCAAGGAUAUUAGGAAUAUGUAGUAUUGCCAAACUUGGGCGCGUACACCUGAGGUUUCCUCUCAUGCGAAGGCGUAUUCAUUGUCUGGGCCGCUUUCUCAUAUCCGGGCGUUCGCGCAGUAGUUGUUGCUGACGCCGACGACCAUACUGCUGUAGAUACUGCUGUAGUUGCUUCGUUGCCUACUAUAGUGAAAGACAUUGAAAACGCGCUGAAUUUUUUUUUAAGAAUGCACUGAUAGCCAGACAAUACUUUAUGCCAGAAGAAAAAUUACAGGCCGGGAACAGACCGACAUUGGGCCUUCCCGCAAGAGAGGUGGAUUCCCCCCGUUCAUUUUUUUUUUCGUAUCGAAAUCGAGUUCAAUUUCUCGCACGUCCGGGGGGCGUCAUCUUUGUAGGUGAGAAAAAUCGUGGACGACGAACAAGUGAGUCACGUCAACCCGAACAUCAUCCAGCAACCUAACAUCUCGGCGAAAAAGAUCACCAAGAUGUGGUCUGCGGCAAAGGCGAAAUGGAACACGCCUAAUGCCAACGGAAGAAGAGUGAAUCCGGCAACAACCAGCCAUGGCUGUCAUUUUGCCAAGGUAAGAGAUGGGUGACGUAGGGCUGGGUAUAAAACAGCGUCUGUAUUCUCCAGGAACCUUGGGCGAUUUUGUGGCCGUGGCGUCUAUUGCGCCGAUCGUACUUCAGCGUGUAAGUGCUGCUACGGUCGGAGUUUUGAUAUUGCACUUGGAGUUGUCGACAGUGUUGUAAAACGUACUCCCGGGAUGACGUCCACCUCGAGGCUUGAUUGAAAAGGAUUGUCUGCACCAUGAACUUUUAUCGUGUAUUUUGAAGCAAGACCAAACACCUUUCCGAUUGCUCCAUACAGACCCUCCCCGCCCGUGCUUUGCGCUUUUUUUUUUUUUUUACAGGGGACACGGACACGUACAUUCUCGGUUGCGCAAUCGAGAAAUACCCCGAGCUUGAUCAAGUGUGCAA